AUGUAUACGCCGCUACUGUUGUUGCAGCUCGUUUCACUCGCGUUCUCGCAGAUUUUCUCAAUGGACGACGUUGACGAGGGUCGCAUUGUUGGAGGCCAGCCAGCGAGUAUCGAGGAUCACCCGUACCAGGUCUCCCUUCGAUAUAACAAUCGUCACGUAUGCGGUGGCUCUAUCAUUAGCGAGGAAUGGGUCGUCACCGCCGCGCAUUGCGUUCAGAGCACCUUCCUGCGAUUCAUCUCGAUCAAGGCGGGCACUUCGAAGCUGACCGACACGGACGAUAUAGUGACCGACGUGAGAGAAAUUAUCAUACACGAGAAGUACAACAGGAGGAUCGCCGAUUACGAUAUCGCUUUGAUUCGGUUGGAAAAGCCGCUGGUGUACAGUUCGCGGGUGAGACCGAUCCUCUUGGCACCGACAGCCGAUCAUUAUACAGCUGGUAGCAAUGCUUUGGUUACCGGUUGGGGAGUUUUGAGAAACAGCGGCCCAUUGAGCAACCGGUUACGUAAGGUCGUGGUACCACUCGUUUCCAGCGCACAGUGUUCCCGUUCAUACGUGACACGUCCAAUCACACAGAGAAUGAUCUGCGCCGGCUACGUAAACUCAGGUGGCAAGGAUGCGUGUCAGGGUGACAGCGGCGGACCACUGGUACAACACGACAAAUUGAUUGGAAUUGUGUCAUGGGGCUUCGGAUGCGCGCAGCCAUCUUAUCCCGGUGUCUACACGCGCGUGACAACCCUCCGAACUUGGAUCACAGAGAAAAUUGGCCUAUGA